AACACUGGUUAAGUUAGUGUAUGGGAGGUUGUUGGCUUAGUUAGUCUGGUUGAGCGAGGGAAGGUGUUGCAACUCUGUAAAUUGGCUUAAAUUGAGGGUUUUUGGAUAGUGUGUUAUCAGUUGGGGUUCGAGAGAGAUAUCAGGGGACAUGUUCCGUAGCUGUAGAUGUGCGAUCCGGCGCGUAAAGCGCCAGCAGUGGCCACUUUUUUCAAGGUCACUUCAUCAAGGCCGUGGAAAUUUUCCGCUGGAAGGGGUGAAGGUUCUGGAUCUGACACGUAUCGUGGCUGGACCGUACUGUACUAUGGUGUUGGCUGAUCUUGGCGCGGAAGUGUACAAGAUCGAGCGCCCGUUUCACGGCGAUGAGUCGCGCAAGUGGGGCCCUCCCUUCUUGAAGGACUCGGAAGAUUCCGUUUAUUUCAUGGCCUCGAACCGAAACAAGAAGAGUGUUAGUGUAGACUUGAAGAAAGGUCGAGAAGUUAUUUAUGAUCUGGCGCGUAAGUGCGAUGUGCUGGUAGAAAAUUACAUUCCUGGUAAGCUGGACCAGAUGGGACUUGGUUACGAAAAUCUGGCUAAAAUUGCACCGUCAUUAAUUUACUGUUCCAUUACCGGGUACGGGCCAGUUGGGCCAUACAAAUCAAAACCAGGCUACGACGUUAUAGCAGCCUCCAUCGGUGGAUUGCUGCACAUCACUGGGAGUGAAGACGGCCCCCCUGCGAAAGUUGGCGUGGCCAUCACUGACAUCGCUACCGGACUGUACGCACAUGGUGCCAUCUUGGCCGCACUCCUCCAACGUCAUCGCACAAACCGUGGCCAAAAGAUCGACGUCAACCUGCUCUCAACCCAGGUCGCCUGCCUUAUCAACGUGGCCAGCAACUAUCUCAACGCUAACAAAGAGGCCAAACGCUGGGGAACCGCCCACGAAAGCAUCGUCCCGUACGAAGCCUUCCCAACCAGUAACGGCCACAUCACCAUCGGCUGCGGCAGCAAUGCCCAGUUUGAAGCGCUCUGUACCUACCUCGAAAUCCCAGAAGUAGCCAGCGAUGAUCGCUUCCGAACGAACCAAACCCGUGUCACCCACCGGCAAGAACUAAUCGCCAUCCUUGCCCCCAUCAUCGCCCAAAAAUCCUCCCCCGAAUGGAUGACCAUCUUCGCCGACGCACCCUUCCCCGUGGGACCCAUCAACAGCAUGGCCGAAGUGUUCCAGGAUCCGCACAUUCGCGCCAUCGAGCUGGUCAAAAGCUUGGAUCAUCCAACGGCGGGCGAGGUCAAAGUUGUGGGACCACCCGUCGUUUACAGUGAGGCCGCAAACCGGGCCCAGACGGCGCCGCCUCUGCUCGGCCAGCACACCGAGCAGGUCUUGCGAGAUUUGCUGCAAUACAGUGACGAUAAGAUCGCCGGGCUGCGUAAAACGGAAGCCAUUCAGUGAUUGAUAUUUUAUUUUGUGUUGUUCAUAUCCCGAAGAAAAGCAUUUAUAUUUUGAAGCAAUGAAAUUGUAUGACGAUUUUAGUGCAA